UGGACUUUGCUGGACUUCGCUCGGCACAGUUUGCGGUGAUUCGGAGUGGCGCAAGGAGAACACCCUUGCGGAGUCACCGAACAGGGUGUUUGAGGGAUUUGCCAUACAUUACCGGUAUCACUUUUGCUUGCAUCGUCGGUCUGUGUGGUUCGACAGCGUUGAACGCCUUCGUGUGGUGAUAGGCGGCUGGCGAGAAAGGGCCCGUUCUGCGCAACCAUUGCCGUUGGCCGACUAGUUACGGAUCGAUAAAGUCCGGUCGGGAGCACUAAACUCUAGCUUUGGCGUCCCGCUCAGCAUCGAAUCUCAUUCCGACACUACGUGGACUACGGCAUGGUGAAGACAGUCAUGUAUGUGAUCGGUUGAUCAUCUGCUGUCUCUGUCUGUACUGAAUCCUGCGUUCAGUCACGGCCAGAAUCUAGCCAAGUAGUCGCGAGCCGACUACGUGCCGUCACGCUGGUUCUACUCCGCAGUCCAAAGGUCCAAAAGACACUGUCUUGUAAACUCUAGCAAUACAGCAAACUCCCUGGAAACUCCAGCAAUCCAGUAAACUCCCUUCGUAACUCCAGUAAACUCCAGGAGUAAUUCCAACAAACUCCCUGAGUAACAGUCCACCAAACUGCCCUUUGUAGUUCCAUCUAUCCAGCAAACUCCCGCAGUAACACCUGCAAACUAACCAAAUUCCUGCUGCUUGUCAACGGCAGAGCUAGUAAGCGGCCUUAGCGAGCAUCGCGAUGGGCCUGACCGAAGAGGAGCGGUCGGAGAUCGUCGCGGCAAUAUCGCGCGGCGACGUCACGGCUCUGAGCUCGCUGGACGUUGGCGAGUUUCGGGACGAGCACGGCGCGAGCGCGGCGCACUACGCGGCACGCUACGGGCAGCAGGCGGUGCUCCGGCACCUGCACGAGACGUCUCGCUUCACCGCCGUCAUGACGACGACAGACGGGCACACUCCGCUGCACGACGCGGCAGCCAUGGGACAUCGCGACGUCGUCAAGUGGCUGCACGAGGAGCGCCUGUGCUCGGCGAGCAACGACGCCGACGCAGACGGCUGCACGGCGCUGCACUUCGCCGCGCGCUUCGGCCGCCUCGGCGUGCUCCAGUACCUGGUGACGCAGUGCGGCUGCGAUGCCAUGGCAACCACGAAGAGCGGGAUGACACCACUGCACUGGGCGGCGGCCAAGGGGCGCAUCGCCAUCGUCAAGUGGAUCGUCGGUACGCACCAGAGGUCCGGGUAUGAGCGUGCCGAGGAUGGCACCACACCUGUGUAUAUGGCCGCGCAGGAGGGCAGGCCGGCGUGUGUGGAGUACAUUGCCAUGCACUGCAGCGGCAGUGCACGCGUGAGAGCCGUGGACGGAACGCUGCCAAUCCACGCUGCUGCAGCCGCUGGCCACUACCCGGUGGUCAAGUUCCUGAUCCAGAAUGAAAUGGCAUCAUCCGUGGAUCUGGACGGGAGUAACGCUACACCUGUACACUACGCGGCUGCUAACGGCCAUGUUGAGCUGCUGUGGUGGCUGGUAAAUAACCACAAGCUCAUUCCGGAUCCUGACCGACUAGGGAACACACCGCUACAUGACGCUGCCCAGCAUGGUCACUCGGAGUGUCUGGGCGUGCUGGCCAACGCUGCGCGUCUCAUGCCCAACGAGAUGUCACAGCUGAACGCUGAGGAUGCCAGCGGGCAGACACCAUUGGACAUCGCAGACCAGGAGGACCACUCCGCGUGCUGUGAGCUACUUGCCAUGCGCGGUGUGCAGCGGAGGAAGAAGAAAGCCCCGGUCCAGCGACGCAAGGAUAAAGCCCAUCGGCAGAACCCCGAGCAGGGCGGUGGCAACAAGUCGCCGAGGCUUCGCAAGCGCAAGGAGCCGGGCCCGUCUGGUGGUGGAGCGCCGGCACCCCCUCCACCGCCUCCCGACUCUUUCCUGGCCGGCGUGCAGUUGAAGAAGCGCGACGUGACGUCGUCCCUGAGCUCGGCGACCACCACGGACGGCGAGACCAGUCUUCUGUUGUCGAAGGUGAAGCUACGGAAAGUGUCCGAAGCUCAGAUCUCCCAGGAUCGCUCCCCACAACAAGCGCAAGACUCUGGUUUGCUGAGCGACAUUCGCGGUGUGGACAAAUCCGUUCUGAAGCAAACAAACCCGGCGAAGAGAUUCCUGGCACCGGAAACUGGUCACGUGCUUGACGACGAGGACGACGAUAGCGGUGCGGAGCUAGUCGUGCCGGCAAUGGACGCCGACGGCAAGCCAUUGCCCGCCUGGAAGAAGAAAAUCUUGGAGAAGAAGGUGGAGCAGAAAAAGCAGAAACGUGCUGUCAAGCAGCAGAAGGAUACUGAAGAGAAAGAAAAGUGGGAAGGCAUUCCGGCGUGGAAGCGUAAAGUCAUGGAGGAGAGGGAAGCAAAGAGACUGGCGGACAUGCAGCCUGAACUUGCCCGUAAGAAAAUGGAACAGGAGAAAAAAGCAAAGGUGGCUGCCAUGCCUGACUGGAAGAAAGAUCUGCUCAACAAGAAGUGAAACUUGUGCACACAUGCCCCACCCGCACUGCACACACAAACACACACACACCACACACAUACUAUUACACACACACACACACAAACACACACACACACACACACACACACACACACACACACACACACAAUAGCACACGCAGAUAUGCAUCCUCACGCAAACGCCACUAUCGUGGCCAGGCUUUGAACAGUUAGAUAUAACUGUUACCCACUGCAGACCUGCAAUGCAAAUGCUUGAAGUACAAGUCGUACAUGCACAAAUUGAUAUGACGUGCUUGCAAAUUUAAUUAAUUCGUGCACUAGUAGUUCCAGUACAAUGCAGUACAGUGCUGGUCAGUAAAACCCUACGUCAUGAAUAAAGACAGUAACACUGCGUUCGAGUGCACAGACCAGUGUGUGUAAUGCUAGGGCUGUGUAGUGCUAGGGCUGCAUAGCGCCCGGCAAUGCUAUUGUAUUCAUGACGUUGGAUUUCUUUGGCCAGCACUGUCGGAGCAGUACACACCUUUCAUGACUUCCGUAACUCUUCUCAGAGUUUAUCCUCAGCUGGUGAGAAGGUUUAGUUGCAUGGCUACUGUAGCACUGCACUGGUGCUCGUACUACUUUCGAAAGGUCACACGCACCCACACUGGGAUACUGUGUGAGCAGUGGGCAAGGAAGUAGCAAACUCACAAUGCAAACCGGCUGUCGCAAAAUACUUUUUUUUUUGUUUACUUUAACUUGAGAUCAUUCAGUAUAAAGAUACCGAUUUCGUUUCAUUUUUAAUUAGA